CUCUCUACAGAUAAAUUCUUUAUCUUCUUCCACUACUCUGCGCCGCUUUGUCUCUGUCGCAAUCUCGUAAGCUUCUUCAGUCUUCUCUUAGUUUAAUCAUUGGUCGUAAUUUGUAUUCGUUCGAAUUGAGUGCUGUGAUGUUGAAAACCUAAAUUUAUCGGGUCCUGAUGACGUAAUGGGACUCGGGAACGAUCUUUGAGUUAGAAGUAUUUUUGCAGUUUUGUGUAGAGUUUCACAAAAUUCUUCGGUUUUUUUAAACUGUGGAUCAAAAUAACUGCUAUAACCAUAUGGAGAAAGACAUGGCAAUGAUGGGAGACAAACUGAUACUGAGAGGCUUGAAAUUUUAUGGUUUCCAUGGAGCUAUUCCUGAAGAGAAGACGCUUGGCCAGAUGUUUAUGCUUGACAUCGAUGCUUGGAUGUGUCUCAAAAAGGCUGGUCUAUCAGACAACUUAGCUGAUUCUGUCAGCUAUGUCGACAUUUACAACGUGGCAAAGGAAGUUGUAGAAGGGUCAUCAAGAAACCUUCUGGAGAGAGUUGCAGGACUUAUAGCUUCCAAAACUCUGGAAAUAUCCCCUCGGAUAACAGCUGUUCGAGUGAAGCUAUGGAAGCCAAAUGUUGCGCUUAUUCAAAGCACUAUCGAUUAUUUAGGUGUCGAGAUUUUCAGAGAUCGCGCAACUGAAUAACACUAAAAGAAUCAUUUGUAUCCCAGUUCUGUUGUAUACAUGGAAAUUUUAUUUUUUCAUAUCCAAAAGCUUUUGUAACAUGUCAUUGAUUUUGAAGAAUUUUUCUGUUACAAAGUUUAAAUAAGAUGAAAGAUUGGGAAAUAUUAUUGUACUUGAGAUUCUCUCAGCAAAAUUCAGUAUGGCAACAUUUG